GGGACGCUGAUUCGCGGUGUUUCGCCGACUUCAAUGGCUUCUGAGAUCCGUCGUAAUCUUUCUGUUGGGAAGAUUUAUAUUGUAAAGUCCUUUGGCUUGAGCAACCCGCCGAAUCAGUAUCGCCCAUGUUCCUUUGAUUUGGCUUUGGGUCUCUCGCCCUCGACUUCUUUUCAGGCCUGUGGUCUUCUUGCUGAGAGUUUUCCGGUUGAUGCGUAUGAGUUUGUGUCUUUCUCCCAGUUGAGCAUGCGUGCUGAUGUCGUUGGCCGACUCCAUUCAAUCAGUGGAAUAUCUCAUAAAAUCACUAAUAACGGCCCUGCAGUCAAGCAAACGGUUAUCAUCGAGGAUGAAAGUGGAGCGAAGGUUACUAUUACACUUUGGGAUGAGUUUUCUGCGUUGUUGGACCAUGUUGCACUCACUCAGGCUGACUCGAUUGAAGCUGUGAUUCUCGCAUUCGGUGGCUUGCUGGUUAAUAAGUUGGGAGAUGAUUAUAUUCUCUCGAGCUCAGCUGGUACACGCAUAGCCGUCAACCCUCCUGUACCGAAGGCUUACUAUCUUGCUUCUAGGUUCGCUGAAAAGCAUGAAGUUGUUGAGUCCUUGCCAGUGGAAUUUGCUACCGCUGCUGACGCUACUGCUGAUGCAGAACGACGUACCAAGAGUUUGGAUCAGCUGUUGAGCUUGUCUCGAAUGAAUUCCUCACUGGAAGAGAAGUAUCGUUGUGGUGGAGUGAUUGUUGAUGUCGAGUCGAGUACUCCUUGGUAUUACAUUUCGUGCAAGCUAUGUUCGAGAGCAGUUUCAAAGCGUCGAGACAAUUCGUUUUGGUGCCCAAAAGAUUGGCAGCUGGAAGAGGAGCAAACCCGAGUCAAGUUUCCUCAUCGUCCUGGUCAGCUGCCCCCGCAGUUGCAUCAAUUACGAGGUCAGUAUGUCAAGUUUGAUAGUAAGUUACCAUUGCCUGGUCCUACUGGCUUCUCUUCGGGCGAGUUCCGUGUAACUCAGGUUGUCCCGCUUGAUGACCCUUUGGUGGUUGGCGAUUUGCUUGAGUUCUCUUCGCUAUCUCCGUUACCUGGUCCUGUUGCUGCUGUUCCGACUUUGACUAUAGGUGCAGCAAGCGUCGCGGGUGGUUCUUCAGCUUCAUCUAGGGUUGCGAAGGGAAAGGAAAAGGUUUCAGGUGUUCUGCUCACUAAGGAAUCAACAGCUCCGUUUAGCAUCACUGAAGGGCCAGACGAGGCUGUUAGUCCGAGAGUCGAGGAUUUGCAUAUUCCUCCUCCUGCAAAUGUCGAAAGCAAAGGUGUUGUUGCUGGCCCCAAGAUUCUCGGGAGAUCUCAUUCCUCGGGGAUUAGUGUACAGGUUGGCUCUAGCCCAGCUGCUGCGGCUGUACCCGUUGUUUCUUCAGCCCAGUCCUGUACACCAUCUGACAGAUCUUCUCCUUCGAUGAUUACCAAGCUUACAUCCAGAAUCGAUGAGUCUGCCGGCCCUGAGGAUGUUGGUCGUGGUUCGUUGACAUCUGCUGCAAAGAUUCUGAAGCCAUCCCCUGAGUCAUCUCCUGGGAAGACCUCUGGUUUAGCCGCUGGCUCUUCGUCUGCGUCAUUAUUGGUUUCUCCACUCGCCAAGAUCAAGGUGGAGAAGUUAGACGAUGCUGAUGCUCCUCCUCUGCCACAUGUCGGUUCCUCGCAGGCUGGUGCUGAGAUGGAAGAGGAUUCUCCAGUUGACAGUCAUAAAAAUCCAACUGCGAAACGUGCUUUGUUCAAGAGGUUUCGGGAAUGCAGCGCUUGUAGUUACAUGGAUAUUCUCAUUUUGGACCCUGGGUUUCGAGAAUAA